AUGAAUGUUUUCCUCUACUAUCAUAAUCUUUGGGAUCUUAUAAAGAAUGAAGUAACAUCAAUUGGAGAGAAUGUAACGGAUGAACAAAAGACUGCACACAAAGAUUUAAAGAAGAAAGAUUAUAAAGUUAUCUUUGUAAUCCAUCAAUGUGUUGAUCCACACAACUUUGAGAAAAUUGGUGAUGCAGACUCAGCAAAGGAAGCAUGGGACAUCCUAGAGAAAUCGUUUGGAGGUGUUAGAAGUGAAUCAAAUCAAGGUGUGUGGAGAAGUAUUGAGGAUAAGAUCGAUAGUUUCAAAGAUUUAAGGUCAUUAGCUCCAAAAUUCGAUCAUGUGGUAGUAGCCAUAGAAGAAUCGAAAGAUUUUUCAAGCAUGACAAAAGAAGAGCUCCAAGGAACGCUUGAAUCUCAUGAACAAAGAAUGGAUGGAAGAUUUGUAGGGAAAACGAAAGGUGAUGUAGCUUUCCAUGCGAAAUCAUCAAAAGAACAGAAAGACAAAGGAAGAUGGAACAGUAACAGAGGUGUAAAAGGAUACAACAAUUCAAAUGGUAGAGGUAACCAACAAGAAGGAAAUACAAUGAAUCAAAGAAGAACCUUAAACCAAAGAAAUCACAAAGAUGGUGGUGCAGGUAGAGGAAGAGGUGGUGGAAGAAAAUCUGAUAAGAGUCACAUUCAAUGCUACAAUUAUCAAAAGCAUGUUCACUAUGCUAGUGAUUAUCCUGAAAACAAAAGAAACAAUCAAGAAACCGAUGCAAAAAUUGAGAGGCACGGAGAAGAAGAGAUGUUGGUGAUGGUCACAGUGAAAGAUAAAGGAAGAUUCAAGGACUAA